AUGACCGGAAACGUCAAGCUGCUCAGCCUCUCCACACCUACCCCAAGUUUAGGAAAUAAGUCCAACUCCAGGGCAUCAGGGCUACAUCGCCGCCUCCACUGGCCCCAUCUCAGCGCUGCGGUACAUGCUGUAAGGGGUCGUCUUGUUUCUCAGGUCAUCACCACCGCAAUGGAGCAAGGACAGGGAGGUCGGGGACCAGGUCUUGAGGAUCGCCUGAGGAAUAUGAUCCUCACCAACUCCAACGACCCAGAACCCCAAGUCGAAAACGCCCCCAGCGGUUCAUCCCCUCCACAACCCCGGAAGCGUCUCAACCAGGCCCAGCGCCGUCAGAUGUCCGCUCAGUUAAACAUCGCCAUUGACCCUCGUGCUCAACCAUCUGAGCCUGCCGGACCACAACAAGCCUCGAGAGGGUUUGCGCCUCAACCAGGACCUCCGGCCGGACAUCAACCUGGACAGCGAUUUGGACACCAAGUUGAACAUCAGGCUGGCCGUCAACCUGGUCCGUAUGGUAAUGGAGGCCGUUAUAGGAAUCAAAGACCUCAGUCAGGACCACAACCAGCAGGUUAUCAUCACCAGCAGGCUGGCCCUAGAGCCCACCAGCCGAACCCGCCUCAUACGGGUAACCAAGUUCCAGUGCAGCCUCAGGGACACCCACAACCCAGGCAUCACCCUUCCCGCUCUUACCAUGGCCCAGGGCCCCAGCACUUGGACCGUACUACCAACUGGCGACAGCCUCUCCAUUCCGGUCCCAACCCCGGCACGGCACACCACACCCCCCAAGGAUCCUUCGAUGGUCCAGCGCCCAGAAAUCCCAGAGGGGGGGCGCUUUGGAACCCCGGCAGGCAACCCCAGGUCCGACCGGAACAGCUCAAGGCACAAACCGACUUGCUUGAGGGUCUAUGCGCGACCAUCAUCGCGAAUGCCCAGAUCGAAUACGACGACAUCGUUAAGAACGAGACCUUCCGCCAAAAGAUCGAGGCACUUGCCCAGGCCGUCAUCACCCAGUACGAGCAGAGCCAGAACGGCUUCUACGACUUCCCUCCCCAGAGCGUCCAGCUCCGGUGCUUUGGCAGUCUUGCUUCUGGCUUUGCUACCAAGGCUGCUGAUAUGGACUUGGGUCUCUUGUCGCCUCUCUCACGCCUGCAGCCAGAUGCGCCAGGCUCUCCGAUCCCUCGGCUGAUUGAGAAGGCGUUUCUCGAAGUUGGGCUUGCCGCUCGCCUGCUGUCAAAGACCAGAGUGCCCAUCAUCAAAGUCUGCGAGAAGCCGCCAAAGAGCUUGUAUGAUGAUCUGGUGGAGGAGCACCUUAAGGGGGAGAAGGGAAUGUCAGAUAAGGGAGAAGAAGAAGAAGAGAACGACGAGCCGGAACAGGAUGUGGCCGAAGAUGCCGAGCAUCAAGCUGAUGAGCCGGCAGGCGGUCAUGCAUCUGCAGCGGAUAAGAAGCAGCAGAAAGAUCAUGCACAAGAUCAACCCGAGAAACAGCGUCAUGACGAAGAGGGCGAAGCAUACGACCACAGGACCGACAAGAAAGGACUGAAGUUCUACCAAUCCUCGAACCAAACCCUCAAUUCGUAUUACGGAACCGCAAAAGGUUACCUGAGAAGUGUGGGCGGACGCGAUCUAACCAACUCGACGAUCAACAACUUUUCCCCAGCCGAUAUCCAAAAGCUAAACCAAGUCUGCCUCGCGUUCGUCGAGGGGCUUGAGGAUCACCAGCUGCGCGACCGCCUGUUAAGAUACCAGUCCUUGAACCUCUACGACCUCGAAUAUCGAGACGACCGGCCCCGCACCCUCCAGGGCGUGUACACGCAAGUCGAGGGCGAGCAAAUGGUCAUGAUGUGGGAGUCUCGCCAAAUCACCGAAAAGGGCUCGGAUAAGGAAGUGCGAGGCCAGAUGUGCGUGAACAGGUGGAAGACCCUACAGGACCAUCCCGACUGCGGCGCCGAUCCUUUGGGAUAUGACAGGGACUUGAAGCGGGCAGUUGAUCAACUGCGAAUGCUCCCUUCCAUCCAGCUCAUGCUGUUGUCGCAGCAGCAGUACGAAUCAACUGUGCAGUACUGCGCCAGGACGGAGCAGUUGCUGGUUGACUUGGUUGGAGAUGACACGUCUGAUGGUGCGAAUGACGCGAUUACUCUCAUAACCCAACGCUACAUCGAUGGUAUCAAGAACGAGGCCAUACGGGAGGCAGUCAAGGAAUUCGCGGAAAGUUUCGGAUAUUCCGAUUUCCAAGCGAUCGGAAAGAGACAUAUCAGUUAUCAGCUCGCUCAUGACCUGGAGAUGUGUCUCGGGAGAAAACUCUAUCCCAAGGACACAGAAGACAAAGUCAACUCCUACAUCGCCUUCCUUCGGGGACCUAUAGUGAGGUCCCUGGUUGAGCCCUUCGAGUGCGACUUCGAGACUCCUCUGUCCCCAGACCUGAUCGAAACCAUCUCCCAGAUCCGCUCAAUCGGCGACCCAUCAACCAUGGGCCCUAACCAACCCCGCGAUCCCUACCGCGACCGCUUCGAGUUUCCCAAGUCCGGCGUGGGAAUUCAAUGCGACAUCAACUUCUCUGCUCACCUCGCCAUGCACAACACCCACCUUCUUCGCUGUUACUCAUCCUGCGACCCGCGCGUCCGGCCCAUGGUUCUCUUCGUCAAGCAUUGGGCUAAAGUCCGCGGCAUCAACUCCCCUUACCGCGGCACCCUCAGCAGCUACGGCUACGUUCUAAUGGUACUACACUACCUGAUCAACGUCGUUAAGCCCUUCGUCUGUCCGAACCUGCAACAGCUCGCCCCGCCGCUCCCGCCCGAUCUCACGCCCGAGCAGCUCGAAGACGCUGCCUUUUGCAAGGGAAAGAAUGUGCAUUUCUGGCGCGAUGACCAGGAGAUUCAACGUCUGGCGGCCAUGGGCAUGAUCAACCAGAACCGGGACUCCAUCGGCCAUCUCCUUCGCGGGUUCUUCGAGUACUACGCCCAGAACGGUUCAUUGUCUACGUUGCCUGGCAGAGGCUUCGACUGGGGAAGGGAUGUCAUCAGCCUUCGCAUGCAGGGAGGGAUCCUUAGUAAACAAGAAAAGGGGUGGACGGGUGCUAAGACGGUGUUGGAGUCGACGCCUGGUGUGCCGUCUACUGCUGCUCCGUCGGCGCAGCAGCUACAACAGCCUCAACAACGGGCUGUUCCGCUUGCUGGCGCUCCUGGUAUGGCGCCUCCUCCUGGUCUUGCCCCUCCACCAGGAUUCCCAGCCCAGCCUCAAAUGGCAGGACCAGCACCUCCCCCGGCCCCUCCCGCUCCUACGACCGAACAACCCGCCCCGGACUCUUCUACCGAGCAACAUCAACAACCCAAACCAGAAGUAGAACUCAAAGAAGUCCGCUACCGCUACCUCUUCGCCAUCGAAGACCCCUUCGAGCUCGACCACAACGUCGCCCGCACUGUCACGCACAGUGGCAUCGUCGCUAUUCGGGACGAGUUCAGGAGGGCUUGGAGGAUCAUUAGAAAUGCUGGGAGACUGCAGGUACAGGGACAUCAAGGAUACCAGGGACAGGGACAGCAGAUUAGAGGUGGCGAGAUGCCAGUGUCUGAAGAAGAGAAUCUACUGGAGGAUGUGCUGGAGGCUGGGAAAAAGAAGCAGAGGGAGGAGUUUGAUGAGUUGUUGGAUGGGUUGCAUGGGAGGGUUUGGAGGGGGGAGGGUGUUGUCGGGGGUGGUAGUGGUGAUGCUUGAAGGUGUUUGCAAAACUAUUGAGUGUGCAUUCUGUUAUUCUACGCUUUAAAUAAGUGGUUCUUGUGGAUAGCUCAAAACUUGCUUGUCACGGCAGUGUCUGGAUAUUGUUUGAGUAUCAUCAUGUUUGAUAGAAAAGCGGUAUGCUGCAGAAAGACAUUGUGUGUUGUUGUAUGAUAGACGUGGAGUUCUGGAAGGGAAGAGAAAAGAAAGGGAAGAGAAAAGUACAUCAGACCUGCCUCCUUGGGCGUUUUUUUCUCAGGGUCCAUCCAGUGUUUGGGUCUCUUUGAGUGAUCGCUGUCUUGUCCGGAAAACCGGGAUAUGAUAAGGAAGGCAC